GGGGGGAACCUGAGAGAGGUACCGCAGGCGGGGGGAGAGAAGUUUUUCGCUUUUAGCGGAUUCUCAUGCUGUUGAGCUUGUUUACCUUGCUGUCCUGUUUCUUGCAGACGAAAUAAUUAUUUCUUUUACAACCCAAAUAGAAGCCUCGACGGGUUAUGAUUACCUACCCAGAUUUCUAAUCCGAAAGAAAUAGCCAGAGGAUACGGCGUGGAGUUUUCACACUUCGGAGCCUUGUGGUGGAAGCAGCGGCUUUUAUUUGUUUUGUUGAAAGAGUCUCGCGUUUCCUUUUUUGGCCGUUUUUUUCCUCCCAAAUCACUUUGGAACAGUAGCGAGAGUUCAAAAGGAGACUGAUUCGCCGAAAAGGAAAAGGAACCAGGACGAUUUUUUUUAAAGCGAAUCACGAGGAGCUCCUGGGAUGUGUUUAUUUUUCUAUUGGACGUUUUAACAAAACGAUCUUCCUGUAAUACAGGAAAGAAGGGGAAUACUUGGCAGUGUAUAAAACGCAACGACCUGUGGAGUAAAACGUGCAAGAUAGCGGGUUAGCUAGCUAGCUGAAUGCUAUCCGGGUCUCAGGUCGGCAGAAGUUCGGGAGAAGAACCCUGAUUUGGUCAAAGACGAAUAAAAUAUAGCUAUAUUAAAAUCACAGUUUCCAUCCAGAACGCGGUGAUUAAUUUGUCAAAAUUAUAUAGCCUGCUUGUUUACCGAAACCGUGAUUAUUAUUCAAGAAUAUUCAAAUUGGUUGCUAGCUAAUCAGGGUUUCAGCGAGUUACUACUACCCCUUCUGGUACCUCCUCUCUACCCAGCGGUGUGGGAUUUCUUUUUCUCGACUCAAGAAGGAUUUUGUCAAACAAACUUUAACAGAUGAAAGUGGACGACAGUCCUGUAUAACUGCAGAUGAAAUGAAGAUGAAACUUUUUAGUCGCUUAAAUGUUGCUAGAACCCAAGACCACAUUAUUUAGCGUCGAUUUUGUCCGAGCAGAACAAUAAUUAAUAGUUAAUAAGACAUUGUGAAUUUUGAAACAACCACGUUGGACACCCCCCCCCCCCUUCGGCCCCUCUUUUUGGGGGCUGACUGAAGUUGUAUUUUUUCCGAUUGGAUAUAGUUUGUAUGAAUUAGAUUUUUAAUACAGAGAAAUUGGAAUCAAAUUUUGGGUUGCUAUUUUUAACAGCCUCCACAUUUUUGGAUAUAGCUGGUAUAAGAACAUUACCGGAGUCAGAAUGCGGCUGAAGACCUCCGCGGUUGUUUUGGUCACUUUUAUCUACGCUGUCUGCAAUUGCGGGAUAACAAAUGGAGAAAUUUGCCAGAGCAAGGACAUCCGGAACAACGUGACCAACCUGCAGACGCUGGAGAACUGCACGGUCAUCGAGGGCCACCUGAAGAUCCUGCUGAUGUUCAAGACCAAGCCGGAAGACUUCCGCGACCUGAGCUUCCCGCGGCUUACGGUCGUCACCGACUACCUCCUGCUCUUCCGCGUCUACGGCCUGGAGAGCCUGCGCGACCUCUUCCCCAACCUCACGGUCAUCCGGGGGAACAACCUCUUCUUCAACUACGCCCUGGUGCUCUUCGAGAUGCUGCAGCUGAAGGACAUCGGCCUGCACAGCCUGAUGAACAUCACCCGCGGCGCCGUGCGCAUUGAGAAGAACCCCGACCUCUGCUACCUGUCCACCCUCGACUGGUCCAAGAUCCUGGACUCGGUGGAGGACAACUACAUCGUCGCCAACAAGAACGACCGGGAGUGCGGUGACGUCUGCCCCGGCACAGCCAAGGGCAAGACCACCUGCAACCAGACCACCCUCAACGGCCACUUCAGCGACCGCUGCUGGACACAAGACCACUGCCAGAGAAUGUGCCUGUCCACGUGCAAACACCGCGCCUGCACCAAAGACAACCAGUGCUGCCACGACCAGUGCCUGGGCGGCUGCCUGGAGCCCUCCUCCCCCAGCAAGUGUGUGGCCUGCCGCAACCUAAUGCACCAGGGCACCUGCGUGGAGAAGUGCCCGCCCGGCUAUUACACCUUCAAGGGCUGGCGCUGCGUCAGUUUCGCCUUCUGCCAGGAGCUCCACAACCAGUGCAAGCAAAGCAAGAGCAGCGACUGCAGCGAGUACGUCAUCCACAACGGCGCCUGCAUCCCCGAGUGCCCCUCCGGGUACACCACCAUGAACGCCACCACGUUGAACUGCACGCCCUGCGCAGGCCUCUGUCCGAAGGUGUGCAUGGGGCUGAAGACGGUGGACUCGGUCACCGCUGCCCAGGCCCUGCGCGGCUGCACCGUGCUCAACGGCAGCAUGAUCAUCAACAUUCGCGGCGGCAAUAACAUUGCGGCCGAGCUGGAGGCCAACCUGGGCCAGCUGGAGGAGAUCACGGGCUACCUGAUGGUCCGCCGCUCUUACGCGCUGGUGUCCCUGUCCUUCCUCCGCAAGCUCAGACUCAUCCGUGGGGAAACGCAGGAAGUCGGGAACUACUCAUUCUAUGCUCUGGACAACCAGAACCUGCGUCAGCUGUGGGACUGGUCCAAGCACAACCUGACCAUCCUGCAAGGCAGAAUGUUCUUCCACUACAACUCCAAGCUCUGCAUGUCCGAGAUCCGGAAGAUGGAGGAGGUGACGGGGACGAAAGAGCGACACACCAAGAAUGACAUUGCCGUCAAGACCAACGGAGACCAGGCCUCAUGUGAAAACCAAGUGCUGAAGUUCACCCAGGUCCGCACGCUGUCCGACAAGAUCAUCAUUAAGUGGGAACCCUUCUGGCCUUCCGAUUUCAGAGAUUUGCUGGGAUUUAUGGUCCUUUACAAGGAGGCACCGUACAGGAACGUGACAGAAUUUGACGGGCAGGACGCGUGUGGCUCCAACAGUUGGGUGAUAGCGGAUGUGGACCCGCCGCCCCGGGCCACCGAGGGCAAAGAGCAGCAGGAGCCCGGACACCUCAUCCACCCGCUGAAGCCGUGGACGCAGUACGCCAUCUUCGUCAAGACGCUGCUCUCCGCCUCCGACGAGCGCGAGGUCCACGGCGCCAAGAGCGAGAUCAUCUACGUCCGCACCAACGCUACCAAGCCGUCGGUGCCCCUGGACCCCAUCUCCUCCUCCAACUCCUCCUCUCAGAUCAUCCUGAAGUGGAAGCCCCCCACAGACCCCAACGGCAACAUCACCCACUACCUGGUGUUCUGCCAGAAGCAGCCGGAGGACAACGAGCUCUACAAGUUCGACUACUGUCAGAAAGGGAUGAAGCUGCCGUCGCGGGCGCCCACCCACCUGGACAACGACGAGGAGCAGAAGUGGAACCAGACGGACGAGCCGGGCCACGGCAGCCGCUGCUGCGCCUGCCCCAAGACCGACACGCAGCUGAAGAAGGAGGCCGAGGAGUCGGAGUACCGCAAGACCUUCGAGAACUACCUCCACAAUGAGGUCUUUGAGAUCAGAACCUCUCCUGCAGUAAGCGAAGCGUCUGACAGUAGGCCCUCGCGGCGGCGCAGAUCGGCGGUGGGCGUGGCCAAUGGGACCCUCCCCCGCUUCUUGACCACGCCCCCCAGCCUGCCCAACGCCUCGACCACCCGCAACCCGGACGAGGAGGAGAACAGCAAGGUGGUCCUGAAGGUCAGCUCCAAGGAGUCGACAGUCAUCUCCAACCUGCGCCACUUCACCAGCUACCAGAUCGAGAUCCACGCCUGCAACCACCCGACGGACCCCUCGCGCUGCAGCAUGGCCACUUACGUCAGCGCGCGCACCAUGCCGGAGGAGAAAGCUGACGACAUCGUGUACCCGGUUAUCUGCGAGAUGACCGAUUCCCCAGAAAUAGUGCACGUCAAGUGGCAGGAGCCCAAAGCCCCCAACGGCAUGAUCAUCCUGUAUGAGGUCAACUACAAGAAACUGGGAGACCAAGAGGAGCUGCACCAGUGCGUCUCCAGGAAGAGCUACGCCUCUCACGGCGGAUGCAAGCUGCGAGUGGUGCACCCGGGGAACUACACCGUGAGGAUCCGCGCCACGUCGCUGGCCGGAAACGGCUCCUGGACCGAACCGGUUUACUUCAGCGUCCCGGACAGAUCGGACCCGGACGGCAUGGUGAAGAUUGUGAUUGCUCCAGUCAUCUGCAUCAUUCUUCUCCUCUUCGUGGGAGGCGGCGUUUUCAUGGUCCUCAAGAAAAAACAGACCGAGGGGCCCACCGGACCACUCUACGCCUCCUCGAACCCGGAGUAUCUCAGCGCCAACGACGUGUAUGUGCCGGAUGACUGGGAGGUGGCCCGGGAGAAGAUCACCGUGCUGCGAGAGCUGGGCCAGGGCUCCUUCGGCAUGGUCUACGAGGGCAUCGCCAAGGACAUCGUCAAGGGCGAGCCAGAGACGCGCGUCGCUGUGAAGACGGUCAAUGAGUCGGCCAGCCUGCGGGAGAGGAUUGAGUUCCUCAACGAGGCCUCGGUGAUGAAGGCCUUCAGCUGCCACCAUGUGGUGCGGCUCCUCGGCGUGGUGUCGAAGGGUCAGCCCACGCUGGUGGUGAUGGAGCUGAUGACCCACGGGGACCUGAAGAGCUACCUGCGCUGCCUGAGGCCCGACGCCGAGAACAACCCCGGCCGCCCUCCACCCACCCUGAAGGAGAUGAUUCAGAUGGCAGCGGAGAUCGCCGACGGCAUGGCGUACCUCAACGCCAAGAAGUUUGUCCACAGAGACCUGGCCGCCAGGAACUGCAUGGUCGCUGAGGAUUUCACUGUUAAAAUUGGAGACUUUGGCAUGACGAGAGACAUCUACGAGACUGAUUACUACCGGAAGGGCGGGAAGGGGCUGCUGCCUGUCAGAUGGAUGGCUCCUGAAUCACUGAAGGAUGGUGUCUUCACCGCUCACUCAGACUGCUGGUCAUUUGGAGUGGUGCUGUGGGAGAUCAGCACACUAGCAGAGCAGCCUUACCAAGGACUGUCCAAUGAGCAGGUCCUCAAAUUUGUCAUGGACGGAGGAUACCUGGACCGCCCAGACAACUGUGCCGAGAGGAUGCACAACCUGAUGCAGAUGUGCUGGCAGUACAACCCCAAGAUGAGGCCCACCUUCCACGAGAUCAUCGAGAUGCUGAAGGACGAGCUGCACCCCAGCUUCCAGGACGUGUCCUUCUUCUACAGCGAGGAGAACAAACCCCCCGAGAACGAGGAGUUCGACAUGGACUUCGAGAACAUGGAGAGCAUCCCCCUGGACCCCUCGUCGUACUCCCAGCGCGAGGAGAGCCUGGGCAGAGACAAUGGGCCCACCAUGGGCCUGCGAGGAAACUACGAAGAACACGUGCCCUACACACACAUGAACGGUGGCAAGAAAAACGGCCGAAUCCUAUCCUUACCUAGAUCCAGCCCUUCCUAACAUUUCCUCCUCCUCUCUUUGGUUUUUUUCCUGUUUUGUAAUUAUUAUUUUAUUUUAUUAUUGUUCUCGCAGAGGCCCUUCAAUGACAGAUCUCAGGACUUUUUUUUUUUCUUCUUCACAGCUGCCACAGCGCGAUGACACAGGAUGCAAGCCCUUUUUGUAUUCAUAAAAAACUUUCACAGUGUCAUCCUGUUCAUCUACUACUUCUCCUCUAUCUUUAUUUUAUUUUUUUACAAAUGCCAAGUUUCCAAGACUGGUCAAUGGAAAAAAACUGUGAACACAAACCCUCGACAACCAGAAGGCUGCUUAACCUCCACCUCUUCAGACUGUCUCAUCUCUCCCCUAAGAUGCGUUUGUCUGUGUUUUUAAUGACUCUUCUUUUCUCUUUUUCUUUUUUUUAUUUUUUAGAGAAAGUGGCCUUUUUAUAUGUGGCCUAUAAACAAAGAGAAGUGUCUAUGCUUGCAUUCAUUUCCUCUGAACAAUGGAACAACCGUUCAGAACUGUGGGAUGGCAUAAACUCUCUUAGAACAAACGUCUAUCCAUAGAGGAAACUUUUUUUUUUUCUGUUCUGCAGAAUUCCAAACUUCAUACAUAUUCAGUAGAUGUUUGGUGUUUAGUUUUAAUUUAUUUGCGUUUUUUUCCUUUUUCCUUUCUUUCAGUUAUCUGUCUGUUCUCACAUCACGGCUGAAGGAUAUUUAAACAGUUGUAAAAUUGGAUAAAAGAGUUCCUCAGAUUGACCAAUAGCUGCUGCUUUGAUAUAUAU